AUGUCUCAUUUGCCAUAUGCAGCAGAUGCUGAUAGUCCCCUGAAACCCUCCGAGCUCAAAGUACUGCGAGAUCAAUACGAGAAAGAGGGAGACUACGUCGGCGUGCAGACCAAAUUUAACUAUGCAUGGGGCCUGAUCAAAUCCUCGGCACGCGGUGAGCAACAAGAAGGCGUUCGCCUGCUGUCGGAGAUAUUUCGAAACGCACCGGAGCGGAGGCGGGAAUGCUUGUACUAUCUGGCUCUCGGAAACUACAAGCUGGGAAACUACGCAGAGGCUCGCAGAUAUAAUGAUCUACUUCUCGACCACGAGCCAUCGAAUCUGCAGGCAGGGAGUUUGCGGGGCCUCAUUGAUGAUAAGGUCGCCAAGGAAGGUCUGCUGGGAGUAGCAAUACUCAGUGGUGUGGCCAUUGCAGCGGCCGGGGUGGGUGCUAUGAUAUUCAAAGGAGCAAGGAGGAGGUAG